AUGCAGAGGUUGGAAGCAAAUGGCUAUGCAGAGCAGAUGGUGGAUUCUACCAUGGACCAACUGCAAGUCGCAUGCGAUGACUGCAUGACUGCCAAGCGUGCCCACUCUCGCCACAGGGACGGUGUACUUGAGGAACCAUACGAUUGCCGCGGCCAGAAGGCAAGGCGCCGUUACCAGCGCUCCUACCGUUUGAGCUCCCACCUGGAGAGGCGGUCCGAGUACCAUCGAAUCAUCGUCAAGAGGAUCCACGGGGCAAAACAGGGCUCCCCUCAUGACGCGGAGAGCACCGACAGGAUAGUCGAGCACCUGUUCCCGAAGGCGGAUAACCCCAGAGCUACGCUGGAGAUUGCUGAUUGCGGCCGUACCGCGCGAGCAAACCGUCCCGAUGUCUCCGACCUGGAGAGGCGGUCCGAGUACCACCGGUGCCGCAAGGCUCUCAAGGCGGCAAUCCGGGAAAGCAAAACCAAAUGCUUUCUGGACCUUUGCGACACCGCGGACCACGAUCCCUGGGGAAACGCCUACAGGAUCAUCGUCAAAAAGAUCCACGGGGCAAAACAGGGCGCCCCUCAUGACGCGGAGAGCAUCGACAGGAUAGUCGAGCACCUGUUCCCAAAGCCGGAUAACCCCAGAGCCACGCUGGAGAUUGCUACGCACUCUCUGGAAGGGUUCAAGCCAGUCCUGGAGACGGAAAUCUUGUCAGCGGUGCUGGAGCAGCUGAUCCGGACGAGGCUAGAGACGGCCAUCGCUGCGGCCGGCGAUCUAUCUGACUCCCAGUUAGGAUUUAGGAAGGCUACGUCGACGGUUGAUGCUAUCUCCAAAGUGGUGGGCAUCGCAAAAGCCGCCAUUGCGGGACAACGGUGGAAAGGAGGCGCGAAGGAGUACUGCUUGAUUGUCACGCUAGACAUCCGCAACGCCUUCAAUACGGUGAGAUGGGGAUGUAUCCUGGAUGCACUAUCCAGCUUCGGUGUACCCCCGUACUUGUUGGAGCUGCUGAAGAGCUAUUUCAGAGGCAGAACCCUGGUGUACGACUCGGACGGCGGUGUCAGAUCGGCCGAGCUCCCCUGCGGAGUUCAGCAACGCUCGGUUUUGGCACCGUUGCUGUGGAAUGCCAUGUACGAUGGUGUUCUGCGGCUCCCGCUCUCAGGCCGGACCGAGCUGGUGGGAUUUGCUGACGACAUAGCCGUAGUCGUAGUCGACAAGGAACUCUCAGGAGCCGAAGAUUUGUGCGACAGGAGCAUCAGCCGAAUUAACUCGUGGCUGGCUAGUGUUUGUCUACAACUAGAGCCGCAAAAAAUGAAAGCCGUAUUGGUGAGCAGCCGGAAGAAGGUGGAGGUCAUAACCAUCCGAGUGUGCGACGCCUUUAGGACGGUGUCCGAUCAGGCCGCGUUUGUCCUAGCCGGGACUUUUCCGCUGGACCUGUUAGCAGCAGAGAGGGCCAGUAUCCACGGCAAGACUAUUGGUAGAACGCGGACUCCUCGCGAGAAGCAGUUGGACUGCUGGCUGAGGAGGAAGCACGGUCUGGUAAACUUCCACCUGACCCAGAUUCUCAGCGGCCACGGCUGUUUCCCGAGCUAUUUGCGGAGAUUCGGCCACGAGGAAGAGGACACUUGCACGCACUGCCAAGGUCAGCCGCAGAAGACGGCAGAACACACGGUUUUUAACUGUGCGAGACUUGCCGGCGAGCGAGCAACACUGGAGGCCAGGCUGAGCUACACCAUCGCAGUGGAAAACUUAGUUCCGCUGAUGUUGAUAUCCGAAGCGAACUGGCAGGCCGUGUCGGACUUCGCAGCGAGGGCAAUGACGAUGCUCCGAGCAGAGGAGCGAUGCAGGAACCUGGAGGCAUCAUAG